CGCAAAUAAAAAAACAAGAAACGCAACGACAAAGAAGACUGGGGUCUAGUUCUUAGUUUCCCGCCAAAACCUUAAUUUAUGCCAAUUUAUGUUGACUCAGAGCACCGCGAGUCUUCGAACAAAUAAUGGACGAAAGUGGUUUGCGAAGUAUUAUAGAAGAUUAUUUUCAUCUAGGGUAUGAAAAUAGAGUUAUCAUCGACUUUUUAAGCAAGCAGCACGGUAUUGUCUUGAGUUUGACAACUCUAAAACGACGGCUAAACCAAUAUGGCCUACGAAGGAGAGGAACAUCUGUUGACGAUCAACAACUAAGAAAUUUAAUUCAACAAAUAACUUCAGGUCCCGGGGAGCUUCAAGGAUAUAGAUCUGUAUGGCAUUCACUACGACUGGAACAUCAUGUACAUGUCUCAAGACAACGUGUUGCAGAAAUUGUGAGAGAGGUGAAUCCUCAAGGAACCCAACAAAGAAGAAGACGACGGCUGACAAGKCGAAGAUAUUCAAGUUGUGGACCCAAUUUUUGCUGGCAUAUAGACGGGUAUGAUAAGCUAAAGCCGUUUGGGUUCCCAAUACACGGAGCAAUAGAUGGUUACAGUCGCAAAGUGCUGYGGCUUAAAAUGGCUAGGUCUAAUAAUAAACCAGAAGUCAUUGGUAGUUUUUUCAUUGAUUAUGUCAGAGAAUGCUCUGGAUGUCCUAUUCUAGUACGGACAGACUGUGGCACAGAGAAUGGAAUCGUUGCUGCUAUGCAAUCAUAUUUCAGACAAGAAAGCACUGAUGAAUUUGCUGGUGAAAAAUCACAUAGAUAUGGCACAUCACCUGCAAAUCAAAGAAUUGAAUGUUGGUGGUCAUCUCUGAGACGAGGAAGGACAUCUUGGUGGAUUGAUCAUUUCAAAAGCAUGGUAAACAGUGGAUUAUUGGAUACUGACAAUGAAGUACACAAGGAAUGCCUGUGGUUUUGCUAUCAACAGAUACUUCAAGCAGAAUUGGAUAGAGUGAAACAUCACUGGAACACUCACCGAAUACGCCCAUCAAGGUAUGGCACUAUACCUGGAGUUCCAAAUGUACUUUACCACUUACCUCAUCGUUCUAAUGGUAUUGAAUGCAAGAUAACCAUCCCAGCUGACAAGAUAAAUGCUAUGCAGAUAUAUGCACAAAAUGAUGACGACGAUGAUGAUGACAAUGAUGAUUCAGCUUUGUACCAAGAGUAUUUUGCUUAUGUUAUGCAAAAUGAGAUGCUUCAGUAUCCAAACACUCCUGAUGAAGCAUUUGACCUCUUUAAAACCUUAGUAGUUAUUACAAACAGGUAAAAUGAACCCUACUGUACAAUU